AUGGAAGCAUCUAAGGUCGAACUGGAACUGCCGCAUAAAAUGGCGCACUUAGAUAUAAUGGAAAUCGAUGAAUCAAAUACUGAAACGGAGGAGAAUAAAUCUCAAGUGCCAGAAUUAACUUCUCGUGUUUUAAGGAAAAGAAAAUCUAUAAUGCCUGAAACAAGUAAAUCUUCUAAUCGUAGAGUUAGUAUGAAACCUAGUAAACGUAUUAUGUCAGAAAACGCGAGCUCUAAACAAAUAGAAGCCUUGUAUCUAAACAAAAAAGUUAAAAGUUCGUCACAGACUCUUGAAACAAUUUACGAAGAGCCUAAGAGUCAGAGCAAUGAGUCUGAAAUGCUCAUAGGGGGAAGAAAGGUGAAAAGGCUGCUCACGUUCCAGUUAGGUAAUCAAUAUACUAAGGAAAAAAUUAAGAAGCGCAGAGCUAAGAUUAAAAAAAUGUUAGGCAACAAAUCAUUUUUAAAUAGAAAAAAAAUACCAAUGCAAGUAUUCCUCAAAACAAUAGAAUGUCUGGAUUUAGAUGAAGUAGUACAAACUGAAACCUUAUUGCCAACCAAUGGUAAAGAUGUGUGA